AAGUAGCCAAUCACUGAUUAGAAUAAGGGGAUAGCCAACUGGAUUACAGACGGGCCCAUGCCACCUCUGGACACCCUUCUGUUCCCGGCCCUGCAGGGGCGGGGGGCAGAGGAAAGCAGGGGGUCUGUGGAUACAGGAGCCGGCUGCAGGCUGCGAGUGAACCGUUAUCGGAGCACACUCUGGAGGUUAGACCGCUAUCAACAGCUGCCCCUGGGGCCGGAUACAGAGCAGAGCCGGGGGGGAUGAGGGGAACCAGAGGCAGAAGUUCAGGCUGCAGAGGAGCUACUGAGCACAGAGAUGUGCUGUGAAUGUGACACUGAGGGGAACACAGGGUGGCUCGACUAGCCUGUUAGCUAGCUGCAGCCUGGUGGAGCCUCCUUCGGUUUGAGAUGAAGCCGCGCGGAGACGUCCAGGCCCGGCUGUGAGAGGGCAAUGGCUGAAUGAUAACAACCACAGAGCAACAUCUCAGCCCCGAGUGACCCCAGCUUUCCUCUGCUUCUUCUUUUAUCUUCCUCCUCCUGUUCGUCCUCUCGGUCUCAGCGUGGUGUUUCAUGGACUGCAUGCAUUCCUCAUCAGGAUCAUGUAAAGUCAUUACAGAGGGGAUAAUGGUCCUCCUGACACCCUCCUGACCACACACAGGAUGACUCUGGGGUUUGAAAUAAUGACAAUGUGACAGAGUCCCUGCAUGCCUGGGCGUCUGUAGGAUCCUCUCUCUGCCUCCUUCACUUGUUCCCUUCCUUACAGCCUUUUCCUCCCCUCCCUCUCCUCCUGUCUUUGGGCCAUGGUUCGUAAGAAAAGCUCUCUGAUACUAUGCGGUGGUUUCCUGUUCGUAGCAUGGAACGCUCUUCUUCUGCUGUAUCUGUGGGGUCGCCCCCCCAGCGGCCGCCUCGGGGAGGGUGGAGGAGCUGAGCCCGUUGGGAAGGAGGAGUGGGGGAUGGGCAGGGGGAAAGGAGGUCAGGUCAACCUGGCUGGCGAGGUUAUCCGGCUGGCAGAGGAGGUCGAGGUUCAGCUGGAGACGCAAAAAAAGCUGCUGAAGCAGAUCGAGGGUCACAGGGCGGUAUGGGCUCGACAGAGAGAUGUCGGGAAGAGAGACACAGAGGAGAAGAAAGACGUCAAACAUGAAGUGGUCCAGCAGGAUCACAAACAUCCACCUCCUGUCAAAGAUGGCGUCAAGGUCAAGGACCAGAUGGAGGUGAGACAGACACAGAAACCUGCUCCCACAGCAGCUGUGUCUAAGGUGGAGCAGCAGCAUGCCACUGAACUAAAGGAGGAGCUAAAGACCAACAAACUGUCCUCCUCCAGCCCAGAAGUCAUCAUUCCUAUCCUGGUCAUCGCCUGCGACAGAGUGACGGUCAAACGCAGCCUGGACAAACUCAUCCAGUACCGCCCCUCCCCAGAGCUUUUCCCAAUCAUCGUCAGCCAGGAUUGCGGCCACGGAGAGACGGCUCGUGUGAUUGGCUCGUAUGGAGAGCAGUUGACUCACAUCCGCCAGCCGGACGUGUCUGACAUCAGAGUCCGACCCGAGCACAGGAAGUUCCAGGGUUACUACAAGAUCGCCCGACAUUACCGCUGGGCGCUGAACCAGGUGUUCAACAGGUUCUCUCACUCCAACGUGGUCAUCGUGGAGGACGACCUGGAGGUGGCGCCAGACUUCUUUGAGUAUUUCCGGGCCCUGUAUCCGAUCCUGCGCUCAGACCCCUCCCUGUGGUGUGUCUCUGCCUGGAACGAUAACGGUAGAGACGCGUUGGUGGAUCCCUCCAAAGCCCAGCUCCUGCACAGGACAGACUUCUUCCCCGGGCUGGGCUGGAUGCUGCUGAAGGACAUGUGGGACGAGCUGGAGCCCAAAUGGCCCUCGGCCUUCUGGGAUGACUGGAUGCGUCAACCGGAGCAGCGUAAAGACCGCUCCUGCAUCCGGCCCGAGAUCUCGCGGACGAUCACGUUCGGCCGUAAAGGCGUGAGUUUAGGUCAGUUCUUCGACCAGUACCUGCGCUACAUUAAACUCAACACGGAGUUUGUGCCUUUCACCAAACUGGAUUUAUCUUAUUUACUGAAAGACAAGUACCAGGUCCUGUUCAUCCAGGAGACUUACAGCGCCCCCUUGGUGAAGAUUGAAGACCUGCAACAGGGGGGCAGCUUAAAGGGUCCUGGACCAUUCAGGGUCCAGUACUCGAGCCGCGACAGUUUUAAAGUCUUUGCCCGAAACCUGGGUGUCAUGGACGACUUGAAGUCUGGAGUUCCUCGCACAGGUUACAGGGGUGUGGUCAGCUUCCUGUACCGCGGUCGCAGGGUGUUCCUGGCUCCCCCUGAGGGCUGGACUCAUUAUGACGUUAGCUGGAGCUGAGAGCUGGGUACAAACCGGAUCAGACAAUGUGACGUGUGGAAGAGGGAGAGAGCUGUACUCAGAGGAACGCCCUCUCAGACCAAAGAAUAUCAGCUGACACUGGGAGUCAUGAAGGAAUCGGCAGCACAGAGAGACGGCCUGUUAGUGAGUGAGCUUCUGGAUCAGGGUGCUGGUUCAGGAUCAGCAUGGACUCACAGAGUCCAGACUUUCACAGAAGGACAUGAACAGUUGAUGGCACCGUGCCUUGUUUUCUGGGCCCUCUUUGUUUGGUCUUCACUCUGUGUAUCCAGCGUCACACUCAGAGGUGGAGGCUGGGAGCAGAAAAUAACUCCAAUCACCCACAGAGGGAGAAGUGUCAGUGUGUGUCAGUGUGGAUCUUCAUCCCAUCCACUUGGAGACAGAUAGUCUGAUGGUUCAAAUGUGGGGAAAGAUUUUGCAAUGAUUCUGAAAGAACCUAUUGUUAUUGAUCCAACUGUUCACAUCUGAUGUUUCUGUUUGGAUCUGUAGGAGUAAUCAGAAGCAGAGAGUUGUGUGCAGAGGGAGAGAAAGCAGCUUUUAAGUGAUAAACAGGGUCAUUACAUGAAGCCUGAUGGUUACAAUUACAGCUUCUGCUUCAAGGACGGAGACUCCAACCUAACUAACUACAGUAGCCUGAUCCAGGACCAGCUAACUACGUAUCACAUCCACACGUCUGUCAGAGAGAGGCUCACAGAGAGGAUGUCAGUCAUACUCAGACAUCACACAACACAUUCUGUUUGUUUUGAUGGACGCAGACUGAAAAUGUCUCUAGAUGUUACAACCAAUCAGAGCUCAGAAACUUGUGAUGUAUCUGUAGCCUGCUGGGCUAGUCAGCAGGUUCUAGCAUCCAGCUAAUAUGCCAUCUGGUUAAACACAAAACACAGAAGUACAGCCAACAUUUCCCCUUGCACUCAACGAGAAGCACAGAGCAGUGAGUCCAAACGGAUGCAACAGCUGAUCAGAUCCUUGGUUGGCUGAUAAGACUCAAGGCCUCUGAGAGUCCAGGGGUCAGGAGAUAUGCUCACAAAUUCAGCUGCUUCAUAAUGAUAAUCAAUUAAUCAAUUAGUCAUAUCACACAAACUUCAGGUCAGAACAAAUAUCACCACUUGGACACUAGAUUAGAAAACAAACCCUGAUCUUGUUUCUUCCUCUGGAGUCAGAUCCACAGAGGAAUUCAUUCUCACAAACUUACUGUGACAUUUAAACCACAAUGAGGAUAGUUUAAAACAAAAACACAAUUUAAAACCAACCAAUCAAAACAAACAUGCCUGUCUAACUCCUCCCCUGCUUCCUUGUGUUCAAACUCUAAAUGGGAUCAUCAUUUACUAAAUGAACAUCGUGCUGUAGUGAAGAAGACUUGAAGCUACAGAUUACUGAGGACCUGUCUCACCCCUCUCUGUGUACCAUCUGCAGUGUGAGCUCCUCAAACACAGAUGUUGAUACUCUGGAAGGUAGAGACACACCGUGAUGCGUAUAAGGAUGGAUCUGGAUCAGAACUGCUCCAACAGCAGAUAAUGUUUCACUAGAGGACCACGCUUCUGUCUGAAACUUCGGAAAUCUUAGUUUGAAGUUGCCAAAACAUGAGUGGUUUUAACUUGAUGAUUCUGUGUGUGUGUGUGUGUGUGUGUGUGUGUGUGUGUGUGUGUGUGUGUGUGUGUGUGUGUGUGUGUGUGUGUGUGUGUGUGUGUGUGUGUGUGUGUGUGUGUGUGUGUGUGUGUGUGUGUGUGUGUGUGUGUGUGUGUGAUGAGGAGCAGAUUGAGAUGUUUAAAGAUCAGCUGCUUCUGGAUCAGUGAGUGGAGAUGAGACUGAAUACAGCAGAGAUGAUGUGACGGUGUUACAGCCUCAGUGUGUUGAACAUGAAGAACAGAUCAGGUUCACAUGUUUACAGAUUACAGGAGGCGGAGCUUAAAAUAAAGAUGAAGAACAUCUCUUCCUGUUGAAAUGAAGUCAGACUUUGAGAACAAGAGAGCGGUCAGAGAAAAUAAAUCAGAGGAAGAGUCUUUAUAAUUUGAGAUUAACUUCACUCAAGUUCAAGUUCACACAGUUCAACUUCUCAAUACUACAAAACUUUGUGUAUUUUAACAUUUCACUUACAAUUUUCAUUUCAUCUUUAACAUUUCAUCUCUUCAUCAACAUUUAUACAUCUUUUUUAUCUGAGUCUUUGUUCUGAACGUUUUAACUAUAUUUUCUAAAUUUUGAUCAGAUCUUGUUUUCAAGGUUAAAACUUUGUUUCUAACAUUUUCACUUUAACCUCAGUGUUUAUCAUCUGACUUCUACAUAGCAUUUCAACAAAGUUAAUAUUUCUAUUUCAUUACCGAAACAUCAUCUUUAAUUGACAUUUCACAUUUAUUCCUAACAUUUUAACAUUAUUUUAUAAAACAUUUCAUCUUUGUCCUUCUUGCAUCUUAUUUCCAAAAUUUGACUUGAUUUCUAAAAGUCUUUACUUUACUCCGGACAUCUAAUAUUUAUUUUCCACAUUUCAGAUUAAUUCUGGGGAUUUCAGGUGAACUCUUAACAUUUUAAAUCUGUCCUAAAUUAAACACCUCCGUUCAUUUUGUUCUUAACAUUUUGACCUUUUGAUGUUAUUUCAAAUAUUUGAACCUCAGUUACCUUUGAUCUCAACAUUUCUCAUUUAUUGCCACAGUCCAACAUUUUGAUAAACUUUGACCAUUUGACUCAUUUUCUAGUAUUUCAGAUUUAUUUGUAACAUUUCCAUCCUAUCAACAACAUAUCUACUUUAUUCAUGACAUUUAAAUUUUUACUUGUUGUUAAACGUUACAAAUUUUGAUUCUUCUUACAUUUCAUCUUUUUUAUUUAAAAUUUUAUUUUUUGACAUUUCAUCAAUGAUUUCUGACUAUUUUUGACAUUUUUACUAUUUUUUAAAAUCUUUUAACUUUUUUGUAUUUUACAAAAAAUUAUGAUGAAUCAUAAAUCUUGUUAGAAACUAAAGUGAAGUCCUCAUUUUCUGUCAGUGACUUUUGAACUCUCCUGUUUUAUGAUCUCACUCUGAGGUGAACAGCUUGUCUCAGUGAGUUUUCAGAUGACUCGUACAUUGGGGUCAAACUUUUUCAUGGUUUUCACUAAAUUCAGAAGGUGACAGACGUGUGCAGUAAAACAAACUUUAGAGAAACGUCAGUUUUUAUGUAGUGUAAAAUUUAUAUAUCUGGACAGACGAUUCUCCUGGAUCUCUUUGUUUGAAACAUGCUGAGGGGUUUAAGGUCGAUCUGCUGCUUAAGCUGGACUUGGAAGGCCUGAAAUGAUUUCAUGUUUUUGUUGAUGUUAUAUUUGUUGUUUAAUUUAAACUGCUAACGCUGAAGGAAACUCAGAGGGUCACAGGUUUAAGACUCUCUCUCUCGCUCUCUCUUGGUUUGAGAUGUUUGUAAUGAAGGAUUAAACUGUCUCAGAUGUUUUAAGUCCUGAACUUGAAGUUCUAAUGUGUUUUUUUGUUUUUUUUAGCUGCAGUUGAGAUUGAAACCUGAAUGACUCUUACAUUUUACUGAUGAUUUUAUGAUGUAACCAUGACAUCCAAACAUGUGUUUGGUCGGCUUCGGUUUGUUGAAGAACCACUGAGGAAGGCAGAGAAAGAUUAUCACUGUACUGUAAUCAGCUCUGGGAGAUUAUCAAUGAGACUGAUCGGCUCCCACGUCUGUAUGGUGAUGAGUUCAACCACUGCCUGAUGUGUUUAUAACUUUAAUACAGUAUAAAUAAAAUCGACUAUUUUGAUAUUUGUC